GAGGCUGGGCCUGGGGUGGAGAUGGGAGAGGCCAUCCGCGGCAUCCUCCUACGCGGCAGUGUGGCUUCAGAAGCUCGUGCUCUCUGUCUCCGCGCAGGCCAAGGUUGUGGCCGGAUCUGAUGCGCCGGCGACGCGGCCGGAGUUGGGGAGUGGCAUAGCUCCUACGACGGACGGCGUCCCUGUCACAGCUCCCGCUCGUCCUCAUCUGCGGCAUCGCCGUCUGAACGGGAGGGGAGGAAUCACGGCUGUUGGUCCACUUCUCUAUUCCUUCCUUCCACAAGCACAAGACGGCGCUUCAGUUGGAUUGGAUCCCUUUGCUUCGCGGGCCUAAAAACUCGUCAUUAACCACUGGAGUACGGCAUUCGCCAGCGGCCGAGUGAUGGCAGCAACCUUCUCCUUUGCCCGUGUGGUUGCUCUCUUCUUCCUGGUCGCUGCCCAUCCCCAUGGAUGCUGCGGCUGCGGUUAUCUGCCUGAUCUGUUCUGCUACCCACCUCCACCACCUGCCCCCACCACCAAUGUCCCCGCCACCAACGUCCCUGCAUCCAAUAUCCCCGCCCCCAACUCCAACUCCAGCUCCGACGAGGGCUGGCUCGAUGCCCGGGCCACCUGGUACGGCGCUCCCAAUGGCGCCGGCCCCUACGACAACGGUGGUGCUUGCGGGUUCAAGAACGUCAACUGGCCGCCUUUCUCGUCGAUGACGUCGUGCGGCAACCAGCCCAUCUUCAAGGACGGCAAGGGGUGCGGCUCAUGCUACCAGAUCAGGUGCGUGGCCCAUCGUGCCUGCUCCGGCGUCCCGGAGACGGUGAUCAUCACGGACAUGAACUACUACCCGGUCUCCCGCUACCACUUCGACCUCAGCGGCACCGCCUUCGGCGGCAUGGCCAAGUACGGCCGCCACGACGAGCUCCGCCACGCCGGCAUCAUCGACAUGCAGUUCAAGAGGGUGCCCUGCCAGUACCCGGGGCUAACGGUGACGUUCCGGGUGCAGCACGGGUCCAACCCCAACUACCUGGCGAUCCUGGUGGAGUACGAGGACGGCGCCGGCGACGUGUCGCAGGUGGACAUAAUGGAGUCGCGGCUGCCGGACAGGGCGCCGACGGGGUACUGGACGCCGAUGAGGGAGUCGUGGGGCUCCAUCUGGCGCCUGGACAGGCUCCGCCCGCUGCAGGGGCCCUUCUCGCUGCGCGUCACCGACGAGUCCGGCAGGUCGCUCGUCGCCGACCAGGUCAUCCCGGCCUACUGGCAGCCCAAUGCCGCCUACAGAUCCCUGGUCCAGUUCGAUGAGACGUUGCCCAUGUCGCUUGUCACAUCCGCUGCCACGAGCCGUCCUCGUCUUGUUCUACCUAUGAUGUAUUCGGCGGCGCUUACGUAUGUGUGGCCUUGUGUGCGUUGGAUACUGGCCGUGUGAUCAUCUGCACUGCACUGCAGGAAGAAGAAACAAAAGAUUGAACCUGGAGUAUGGUUGUCUCUGUUGUAGUAGUAUGUGAGUAGGAAAGAAAGCUUGUGUUUA